AUGGAAAUGUUAGAUCAAAUGAGUAUUGAAGUACAGAAUUUACCAAACAAUCAACGAUCAUCAUUUAAUGCUAAAAUACGUCAAUAUAAAACUCAAGUUGAUGAUAGUAAAUCGAGAUUGAAUUUGAUUUUAGAUGAUGAAGAUAAACGUCAAUUGUUUGGAUCAAGAUAUUCUGAUAAUGGAGAUGGAGAAUUUGGUGAUUCAGUUCAUGAUCAACAACGUAAACAAUUACUUAAUAAUAAUUCAUCAUUAGAUAGAUCAAGUCAAAGAUUAAAAGAUAGUCAAAGAAUCGCUUUAGAAACUGAAGGAAUUGGUGGUAAUAUUCUUAAUGAUUUAAGAGCUCAACGUGAACAAAUCGAAGGUUCAAGAUCAACUCUUCUGACUGCUGAUAGUUAUGUUGAUAAAUCAAUUCGAACUUUAAAAUCAAUGAGUCGAAGAUUGGUAGCUAAUAAAUUUAUAAGUUAUGCUAUCAUUGGAGUAUUGAUUGUAUUGAUUUUCUUAGUUCUUGCCAGUAAAUUCUGGUAA